CUAUAUAGGAAGUGCAAAGCUUGCUAAAAUCUCAAUAAGACUUUCUCCAUAGUCUGAGCAAAAGCAGCAGAGACUAGCUACUCAGAGAUGGCAACAUUGGUGAGAGAAACAGUACAGAAAGCCGUUGUGGAUGGAUUAGGAGCCAACAGCUACUUCAAAAACUCUCGCUACCAGAGAAUAGCUGCAACUGUAACAAUGGAUAUAAUAGAUGAAGCAAUCACCAAGAAGCUAGAUGUAAAAUCCCUUUCAUCUACUUGUAAUAAUACAAUCUGUCUUGCUGAUUUUGGAUGCGCAGUUGGUCCAAAUACUUUUGUCUCUUUGCAAGCUUUAAUAGAUAUAAUAAAAAAGAAGCAUCUCUCACAGUUCCCUGAUGAACCGAUGCCUGAAUUUCAAGUGUUCUUCAAUGAUCUGCCAUCAAAUGGUUUCAACACCCUCUUCAUAUCUCUCCCAUCAGACAGAGAAUACUUUGCAGCAGGGGUUCCAGGUUCUUUUCAUGGACGAGUGUUCCCCAGUUCUUCAAUCCAUGUUGCGCAAUCCAAUUACGCACUCCAUUGGCUCUCUAGGUUACCAGAAAGUUUGGGAGAUAAGAACUCUCCCGCAUGGAACAAAGGGAAGAUUCACUAUGCAGGAGCCUCUGAUGAGGUGCUUAAAGCGUAUGCAGAAAGAUGGGCUGAAGACUUGAAUAACUUCCUGAAUGCCAGAGCUGAAGAGAUAGUUCCUGGAGGGAUGCUUAUAGUUAUCAUGCCAAGUAUUCCUGAUGGAAUGCCUUAUUCUGAACUUGCAAAUGGCAUACUGUACAGUUGUUUCGAAUCCAUCCUCCUUGACAUGGCAAAAAAGGGAACAAUAAGUGAAGAGCAAGUGGAUGCCUUCAACUUGCCAAUAUAUGCAGCACCUCCAGGAGAAUUUGCAGCUGUAGUGGAAAAGAAUGGCUAUUUCAACAUUGAAGCAAUAGGACUAACAAAUCCAGCUCCUUGGCUAAAAGAUACAGUGCAUGUUGAAAUGAAAGAAUACGUGAGGCACAUCCGGGCUCCAAUGGAAGGAAUGUUCUCCAAACACUUCUCAGAAGAAAUUGUGGAUGAAAUAUUCGAUCAGUUACUGGUAAAUCAACUUCCCAAGGUCUUCGACAAGAUGGAAAGAGCUUACAAGGAUAAAAUUCAAUCUUACUACGUGCUUCAACGCAAAAUGAUGAUGAGAAUAAAUAAGUACCAAAACGUGAGGCAUUGCACAUACAGAAGAGAGAUGAGCGACAGCACUGCCACAAUGCCUGAAUCACAUCCGAUGAAUGGUGGAGAUGGCACCUACAGCUACACCAAAAACUCAACCUUUCAGAGGGAAGCUGUGAAAAAUGCAAAGUGGCUGGUUGAUGAGACGAUUGCUCACAAGCUUGACAUAAAAGAUCUCCUUGCUACUUCAAGCCCAUUUCAGAUAGCAGAUUUGGGAUGUUCUGUCGGACCCAACACCUUUUUUUGUAUGGAAAGUGUUAUUCAAGCUGUGAAACAUAAGUUUCAAUCCCAUGGUCUUGCUUCCCAAGUUCCUGAUUUUGAAGUUUUCUUUUGUGAUCAUACCUUCAAUGAUUUCAAUACUCUCUUCAGAUCCCUCCCACCAGAAAGACCGUACUUUGCUGCUGGUGUCCCAGGUUCAUUCCAUGGCAGGCUGUUCCCUGAAUCCUCUCUUCAUUUUGUUCAUUCCUCUUCUGCUUUACAUUGGAUCUCCCAGGUGCCAAAAGAGAUCCUGGACAAGAACUCUCCUGCAUGGAACAAGGGCAGAAUUCACUACGCAAGUGCACCAGAUGAAGUUGCGAAAGCUUAUGCCAUGCACUUUGCUAAGGACGUGGAGAUGUUUCUUGACGCUAGAGCGAAAGAGCUUGUGGUUGGUGGGAUGAUGGUGCUCAUUUUGCCAGGAAUCCGUAAUGGGAUUCCUCAUUCUUGUGCAAUAGGUAAUGCAAUGUUCGAUCUUCUAGGAUCCUGCCUCAUGGAUAUGUCUAAAGAGGGACUGGUGAACGAAGCUCAAGUAGACUCUUGCAAUUUGCCUAUGUAUCUUCCCUCUCCUGAGGAGAUGAGAGAGCUUGUAGAAAGAAAUGGGUGCUUCAGAAUUGAGAGAUUGGAGCUGUUUGAUCCUGUAACUAGUAAUGAAGCGAAAAUCUUGGUGAACAGCGGCCAUGCAUGGAAGAUGCACUUCAGAGCCGGACUUGAGGGUGUUCUAAGCAAAUAUUUUGCAAGUGAGGUUAUAGAUGAAUUGUUUGAUCGGUUUUCCGACAAGGCAGGAAAACUGAAGACCACCUCAACUGAAUCAUCUCUUCUGUUUAUUGCUCUGAAACGCAAGUAAUCCAUCCAAAGUCUAUAAGCUUCGUUUUCUCCUAUUUAUCUAGUUUUUCUCAUAUUGUACGCAACGCCAAUGUUGAAUAAGUAUGCCAUUGAUAACAAGUUUGAUUUUUCCAUUGCCAA